AUGAAUUCGGUACUCGUCUUUUUACUCUUCUUAAUAAGUCCUGCUUUUGCUUGUAACAUGCUGUGGCCGAAUGGCACGGAUACUAAUUUUAUAUGGUGGCAAUGUAGUAAUGGACCUGUUCAAUUUUACAACGCAACUCCGCAAGAUGUAAACGGCAACUACAUGUACCCCAUUCAUCUUUCAAAGCCACUGGUAGUGGCUCUGGACUUGCUCAACCCUACAAAUAUCUAUACCGAACCUAGCCUAGUCGCAACGGCGAAUCUUUGGUCCUGGGGAACAGCAUUAGGAGGAUGUGCUUGGUCUGCAAUACCAACGUUUGGUCUUUUGUGA